AUAAUAAUUGCCCGAAUAGCAGCUAAGUUGUCUACGUUACCUCAAACAUAAUGCGAUACGGACGCAGGGUUUGAAGGAGGUCAUAAGAAAACCAGGAAGACCUCCUCCACCGUCCUCUCAGAACAUGAAGUCUCAUGCCACUGUUGCUACGACAUCUUAGUGAACCCCACCACCUUGACCUGCGGCCAUAACUUUUGCCGACACUGUCUGGCUCUGUGGUGGGAGUCCUCUCACAAGAAUGAGUGCCCAGAGUGCCGGGAGAAGUGGGAAGGCUUUCCUAAAAUCAACAUACUGCUGAGGGAUGCAACUGACAAGCUGUUCAGUGAGGUCGUUCAGCGGAGAAGAGCAGAGAUCCAGAAAAACCCCAAAAUCUCCCGGAGUUUGCUAGCCUUUCAGAGGUAUGGUGACAACUUGGGAAGAUCCAAGACAAACCAGCACAAAGGAGCAGGCUUCUUCUUCUCUGGAGUCCUGACGGCACUCACGUGUGUGGCUGUGAUGGUGCUGGUGUAUCACUGGAGCAGUGGUGUGGUGGAACAGCAUGACCUGCUGAUAAGUAAACCUGUUUCUCACUGGACGCCGGAGGAAGUUGUGUCCUGGCUGGAAAACCUGGGGCCCUGGGCCCAGCUUUACAGAGAACCCUUCCAGCAGGAGAACGUCAAUGGGAGGCUACUUUUGAUGCUGGGGGAGGAAGAGUUGUUAAAACCGCCUUACAGCAUCGAGAACCAGGCUCACCGGCGGGCUGUUUUGGCAGAACUGGACAGAGUUAAAACCCUUGGUGUCAAACCUCCGCAGAACCUCUGGGAAUACAAGGCUACUAAUGCAGGGAAGUCGCUCUUCUUGCUGUACGCACUGAAGCGCUCCCCUCGUCUCACAAUCUUCUAUUUGUAUUUAUUCGAUUACUCUGAAACCUUCCUGCCCUUCCUGCACACCUGCUGUCCGGCAAUCACACAAAUUGGACACUCAGUGGAGAGCAGCUUCCUCAACACACAGUUGGAGCCCAGUUGGCGACAGUGGGCAGAGUUUCUUGUGAAGUACCUCCUGCUUCCAUACCAGCUGAUAGCAGAGUUUGCUUGGGACUGGCUGGCCGUCCACUACUGGACAUCACGCUUCAUUAUUGUUAACGCCAUGCUGCUGUCUGUGCUGGAGUGCUGUGCCCUGUGGAGACUCUGGACAAGAGUCAGAAUCAGGUCUCUGCCACGCAAGAUGUGGGACCACAUGUGGAAGAUGUUAUCUCAGGGGUUCGCCUUCGCCCUCCUGUGGCCUUUUGUCCCUCAGUUUGUGUGCAACUGCCUCUUCUACUGGGCUCUCUACUUCAGUCCCAUCAUUAAUAUAGACCUGGUGGUGCAGCACCUAAUGCACCCAGAAACACAGGCACCGUAAUAAACUGCAUGCAGUCGUUGCUCAAUAAAAUUCCGUACAGCAGAGAUCUUUAACAGGGGGCCCCUAGGGGGUCCUCAAAGUAACUGCAGACGGGCCACAAAAUUAUUGUUAAUAUUUUUGAAAGUCUUUUCAAAAAUUAAAAUGUCUUAACAUGAAUCCAACAUAUUAUUAGCAAAUAAAAAUCAACCUAUUUGUAAAAGAAAAAAACCAAAUGAUGAUAGGCUUCUGGCCUAUAGGUAAGGUAGUCACUGAGGUAGCCAUUCACAGAUACAGUGAAUCCUAAGUCCUAAUCAUGUUUUAACCUUAAAACAUGAUUUAUACAUUCAUUCCAACUUAUAAUUUAAUAUCUUAGUAUUCUCUGCAUUAAAAAGUUAUGUAUUAAGGUUUUAGGCUGCCCUACACAUGGUUAAAAUUGCAUACAAUAAAUGUAGUAGGGGGGUCCUUGCUCCGUCUCUCUCUCAAUUGAGGGGUCCUUGGCUUAAAAAAUGUUGAAGAUCCCUGCCGUACAGUUCACAGCAAAUAUAAUAGCCAGAAAUCCAGUUGCUGAAUCGCAGUGUUUAUUUUAAGCAGGAUACUCAAAUGAGACUGGCUUUUUGCUGUUGGAAAGGAUGUUUUCUCGCUUCCAGUCUCGCCUCUCUGCUGGAUGGUUGCCAUGUGAGACAAGAGAGGCAUUGAGCUCUUGUAGGAGAAACAAAAAAGUGAAAUACCUGUAAUGUUGUUGAUAAGGAAAGAUCACUGCAGUGAUCUCUCUCUCUCUGUGUGCACAGUGCAUUCACAAACCACAUUGCCUAAAUGGUCUAGAGGGCGGUUAUGCAAAUAAGUCAUGUUCAAACUUUGGUUGUAGUGAAGACAGGCCUCCAUAAGGAGUUUCCUGAUGGCUUUGUAGCACUAAGAUGGCUGUAGUCCAAUGAAAGUUGAGCUUUUCUACGACAAGUAUCGUUGAGUACAUUUUUGUUUUUCUUUUAUUUGUCUUAACGGGUUGUAAUCCACAACCAAUUAAAUGAACAACUGCUGCUUUAAAAGUAUCAGUUUGAAUGAAGCAGUGUUAUUAGUUUCAUAUAAAUCCUUAUUCUACAUGAAUUGCACCGCCUUCUUUAAAUCUUUAGUACGGUUUUGGCUUGGAUUGUGAUCUUGGUGCUGCAGAAUUGUCUGAAAACUCUACAAGGUUUGGUAACAUGAUUGUGAAAUGUGUCAAAUGUUAACGUUUGUAGUUCUGCAGCCUGAUGGGAACAUCAGGCUCUACAGUUGAUUUAGGCAAAAACACAAUCUUUGUGAGAAAAUAUUGAACAUUGAAGCGCAGUCUAGGAAUUCCAGACGUUCAUUUCACAAUACAUGUGGCACUUUGAGAUAAAACUUAUGUUAUUAAAAAAAAGUGAGAUGCUGAUAUGCUGAUACCCAAUUUUUUUUUCUUCUAAUUUUUAUGAUUUUAAGGAGAAACUGUUCAUAGCAGAUUUUAUUUGCAGGUACUGCUAACAAUUUUUGUGUUGCACAUUUUUUUUAUAUAAAGAUUUUUUUGCCAUAGUAAACAUUAUCAUAUGAUGGGUGGGUAGAGCUAAUCAAAGACUUUUUAUUUUUUACAUUUUUUAUUUGCACUUAAAAGUUCUACACUGUGAUUUUGUUCUUCAAUGUUCUAUAAUGACAAAGGAAAAAUAAAGAUUUUUAAAUAAUGUUA